CUCUAUUUUUUCGGUCUCACAUCCCAGCUUCCAUUCCUCGAAUCUCGAUCAGGGUUUCUGUAAGCCGUCGUUUUAGUUCCUGCAUCUUUCCACCACCUGCGUCUGUUCUACAAUUCGUUCCUCGCCGGGACAGCAGUUUUUGAUCCACCUUAAGUGGUUCUAGUCAUAUCCACAAAAUGAUGAAAGCUUAGAGUGCAUUUGAAGCCUUUAGAUUUGGCGGGCAACUAAUGGCCUCAACUAUAUGUGGAAAACUCGUGGGUAAACUUUAGAGCAAAUAGAUGCCACUACUCUUAGGGUCUUUUAGCUUAAUACAUAAGGAUCCAAUGUCUACAAAAGUCGACUCACCCUCUUCCACAGAACCUCGUCAAGCUCUGUUUUCUGGUUCACCUACAGUUUCAGCCAGCAGCCCCAGGGUAUCCAUGUUUGGGGCGAAGGCAGGAUUUGUUAUACCAAAGAAUAAGUUGUCAGGUUCCUUGGUUCCCAUAUUCCGUGGUGGCAGCAAAGCAGAUACUGGAAGUGUUGUCAAGGAAGAGAACACAAAGCAAGUUCAAAGAAAAACAAAAUGGGGUAUUGAUCUUACACAAGAUGCUAAUGUUCGAAAGGGGAAAGCCUUAGCUUAUCAGACUAGAGUGGAGCAGAUCACUCAGCAGCUGAAGUCUGGAUCUCUGGAAUUUGAAGAUGAUCAAGGUCCCGAGUCACCAAAACAGGAUUCCACUUCUAAUUCAGAGAUUAAUCAUGUUGAUAACAAGUGUCAUAAGGCUGAACUUCUGGAAUUGGAAAGAAGGGAACUUAUUGGUGAAAUAUUACGUUUAAAUCCCAGUUAUAAGGCUCCACCAGAUUACAAGCCACUACUGAAGGAGUCUAAAGUUCUUAUUCCAGUAUGUUUAGCGUUUAAAACAUAUCCAGGCUACAACUUUGUUGGCUUGUUAUUGGGGCCUGAAAGCAACACACAAAAGAGACUCGAAGAAGAAACUGGAGCGAAAGUUCGAGUUUAUGGAAUCAAAUCUGGCUUAGGGGAAAAGCGGGAAAUAACCAAGUCAGACAUUAGUGAAGCUCCGGAUGCCUAUGAUGAUAUUUAUGUCCUUGUUUCAGCAGACACAUAUGAGAAGGUUGAUACAGCAGUGGCACUUAUUGAGCUUCUUCUCACUCCGGUAUCUGGAAAUGCUGGAAUCUCUCCAAAAGGUGCACCUUCAUCAGCUGGGAUCAAUGAGGAUGUUCAAACCAAAAAUCCUGACUCAUCUGGUUUUUCGAUGACGCCUCAACCUUCAUCACUGCCAGUUAUUCAAGCUGACCAAACACCAUUUCAGCCAUACCCUGGUCACUGGUUCCCAGCAACCACACCAAAUGUUCUUUCUCACCCAUCUUCUGCUUUCAUGCCUCCACUUUUUCCCAACAAUCCAGCUCCAAUCUUACGCCCCCCUCUUGGUGUGCCUCAAUAUUUUGCUCGACCUUCUGGUAUUCUCUCAGUUUCAAUAACAUCGACACCAGCUGUCUUAAGGCCCACAUUGCCUAUUCAGUUACCUCCAAACCAAUCCCCUUCAGGUCCCAUUUCACAACGAUUAAGCUCUGGUCCAGUGGCUCCUUUAAGACCCCCAGGACCAGUGAAUCCACAGAUUGGGCCACCAAUCAGGCCAUUAAUAACGCCAAUAGCUUCUUCCAGCUGGCCUCCUGCUUCAAAUGCUCCUCUUGCAUGGCCAGGCUCGAAUCUGAUGGUUCCUCCUUUAAAUACAACAAUGAAGCCACUGGCUUUUCCUUCAGCUCCCACUAGCUCCAGGCCUUCUCAAUCUAACGUUUCUGAUAAUGCUGCAAGGCCUGCCGCAAAUUUUGCUCCUCAUUCAAUUUCUCUUAUUCCCACCCGACCAUCUACGAGUCAAACUAAUUUUUCAUUGGCACCUUCCCAGACUGGACUAGUUCCAACUGCAGGAAUUGCUUCAUUAUUCCCAAAUUCAUCAAUACCUCCUCCAUUACCAGUACCAGGGUCCUUGAUAUCACCACCACCACCACAAGCACCAUUACUACGUCCGACUUCUUUCUCUCAGAUAGCACCUGCAUCAGUAAUGGCUACACCUUCCCCUUCAGUAGUCCGGGCUCCAAUCCCAUUGCCAACAACAUCUCGGGCACAAGCUCCUAUGCCUGUUCAACCACAAUUGAAGCCACCUCAGCCACCACCAGCAAUAUCGCCUUCCAAUUCAACCAUUAGUCCUACUUUCCCUCCUCCAACAAACAGUCCUGUUGGUGCUCCCCCUCCUACAACUCCCAAACCACUUCGUCCCAUUUCUGGAGAUUUUACUUUUCAGCCUCUCGGAACUCAGCUGCCAUCUCCGCCAAGCAGUCCAGCAUCUCACCCUUCUGCAAUCCAGAACUCGCUGCAGGCUCCAUUUGCAGCACCAAAAGCACCAUCCUUUAGGCCAGCUUUGCACAGCCCUAUGCCUGCUGCUCUUGCUCAAAGUUCGGCAAGAACUCCAGUUCUUCCAGCUGCUUCUGCGAUUGCUUCUUUUCCAGCCAAUGCAAGCAACAUUAGACCACCACCUACCCCCAUUCUUCAAGCCUACCCAGGUCUAACCCCUGUACAGCCAAUGGCUUCAGCUAUUCCAGUUGGCAAACCAAGCUUUCCUCGAGCAUCCCAAGCUCCAAAUCCUUCGGGUACCAUGCCUUCUUAUCCUACAACUUUUCAACAGGUUCAUCAGAAUCAAUUGCCUCAUGUUAGCAGACCUGGUGGAAGUCUUGUGGUACCAAACCUACAGUUGGGUACUAAACCAAUAGGCUUUACUGCAGGAGACGUACACUCAACUCCUGGAGGCAGUCAGAUUUAUGAUCCAUUUUCACCAACAGCUUCAGCAGCACCUCCUCAUCAGGGAACCAAUAAUCCUGCCAAUAUUAAAAAACCAGAGACAGAUGCCGAAUAUGAAGAUCUGAUGGCCUCUGUCGGUGUGAAGUGAUUCAGUCAGAAACUCGAACUCCAACUCGAACUAGAGCACGUAUAAGAAGUAACAACAGGAGGAGUGCUGCAUCUGUGCUUCAAACUGUUUUGGUUGAACUGGGGUGGGAAACUCAAUCUUUUUUUUUUCUUUAAAAACUUUCAUAAUCUGUUGCUGGUUAGAGAAAGCUUCAUGUCUUAUUGCAGAUUUCAUUCACUUUGUUGCAA